UUCCUGUUCCACUCAGCGACAACGACAGCAGAAGAAGAAGCUUCAGUUGACGAGAUGGAUCCGCAGACGUGGAUGUGUGGUGUCCUGCUCCUCGCCGCCGUCUUUCCUCCCACAGCGGCGGGGUCGAUGUAUGACCCCCAGGUCUGCUACGUCCUGGACGGGUUCCUCGGCCUCUACGGACUCAUCAUCACCGGCAUGUUCAUCAAGGAGAAGUUCUUCAGGCCCAAAGGAAAGCCGACGGAGGAGAGCCUCUACAGCGACCUGAGGGGUCAGGAUACCGGAGGGUACGCCCCGUUGAUGAGGGACCCCGAGAGGGCCCGGAACCGCAGGAUGGCCGACGAUGACUCCACCUACACGCACCUGAACAAAAGUUCUGAGGGAGAAUAUAAAGAACUUCCUGUCAACAAACGAGAGCGUCAGAGGAAGAACGAGAAGGUGUACCAGGAUCUGAGCUCGGCCACCAGAGACACUUACGACUCCCUGCAGAUGCAGCCGCUCAGCCGCUAACGCCGCCGCCGCCUCACUUCCUGUCUGCCUCUCAGACGUCCUGUUUGUGUCGCCACAACAAACAGUCGAAACCAUUUUUAUUCCAUCCAUUGUUCUGAUCCGAAAACAGAAAUCUGUUUUUUAUUUUUAGCUUCACUUUCUUUUAAAGGCAUUUUUAAGGGGAUAAUUAAGGAACUGUAAUAUUUUAAGGGAUUAUUUUGGAUUAUUUUUAGAAACCGUCUUUAAUUAAUUAAUUUAUCAUCAUUUAACCCAAAAUUCCGCCCUUAUUUUUAAGAAAACCUUGAUUUAAAAAAUUGAUGUCCUUUUAAGGGAUUUUUACUUCUCUAAAACCCCUUAACGUUCACAGAAAACCGUUGGAAAUAAAAUAUUAAAUCCACACGAGCUGCAGUAAAGUUAUAUGAAUAUAAAUGUAGCUGUCUGUUUGUCAGGUGGAGAGGGAUCACAGUUAUUGAUCACCGAUCAGCUGAUAAUGUCAUGUAAUCAUGUGAUUUAUAAAUAUGUUUAAAAUCAUUAUUUUCUCCUGCGUCAAAACAUCGAACGUCACUGACAGAGUUUAUUGGUCAAUAACUCGUAUUUUUUGAUUACUGAUGUGAGUGUAAAUACACAAAAAUACAUUCUGUUGCAGUAUUGAUACUUUGGUGAAACAAUGAGCAGUUUUUCAGCUUAAAAGCCUCUAAAGUGCUGUUUGUUUUAUUAUUUUUUAUCAUCUUAAAUUUCUCUUUUAGUUGAGCUGCACCAAAAUUUAACAAUA